UAUUGAGUGUGGAAAUUGAAUCUAGUUGUGCUCUGAAUUAAUAGGAAAGUUGUUUGUGGUAUCAGUGAUGAUCGCCGAACAGGCACUAGAUUUUUCCUUAAUUUGUUUUGAUAUUUUUGGUUUGGAGUAUGUCUUUGAUUGGGUUUGUGAUAGUUAGCUUUUAUUCGAAGUACUGGCUUGUUCUGCUAUGGCUUUUGACUGUGGAGCUAUAUCUCGCUGAUGUUCUUUUAACAUAACUUUUAGUUGCUAGGGAAGUUCAUUAGGACUUUCCAUACCAAUCUGCUCAGUUUCAAAUGCUUGAGUUCUAUGCUCCGCCUUUUCCAAACUAGGUGCUCGAUCUCCGAAUUACCAUUUGUUAGCUGGUUUGCUGAAAGGUCAAUUAGUGACUCCCUUUUUUCUUCCCCCUGUAUCUCAUCAUAUUGUUAUACAAUAGAUGACUUCCAAACUCAUUCACGUGGCUUCGUAUGAAGCUGAAAAUCAUUUUGAGCUCUCUUUGAGACAAGCUUUCAAUCUUCUUGAACCAAAAUUAAGACCUCCAUUUUGCUCAAAGAUCCCAAAUCCACAAGAAUACUUGGAGCUGAAUCAAGCUAUUCUCUACGGGAUUUUAUGUGAACCACUUUUUGCUAAAACUCAUAUCAAGCAUUUGCAUGCAAUAGUCAUUGAUGGUUAUGGUCUGAUUGUUUAUCUGCUUCGGAAGGUUGUUAAUGAUCUAUAUCUUAAACUCAUUGGUUCAGCAAAAAGUCAGAUACUUUUUGUAACUGAGGAAAUGAUAGAUGUAUGUGCUGUAGGGGUUGAUGGUGUUUUGAUAUCCCUGUUGAGGCAAAUUGUUGGUGGGGAUUUUGGUGAAGGGAAUUUAUGGUUGUGUUUUGAAAUGGUGAAUCUAUUUUUGAGCAAGUGGAGUUGUUUGUUGGAAGAAUUGCCAGGGGUUAUACCAAGUGCAUUAUAUACCUUUCUACGGUUAUUAGCUGAUCACUGCAGAUUAUCUAGUGCAAAACUGGAGUCUCUGAAGCAAUUAGAGAUUAAGUUUUGCAUUAAAGUAAUAAGGGAGCAAUUUCAUUUUUGCUUGAAGAUAGGGAGAGAUUUUAUUAGACUCUUACAAGACCUAGUUUAUGUACCUGAAUUUAAAGCUUUAUGGAAAGACUUGUUAUUAAACCCGAGCAACUUUAAAACCCCUGGUUUUUUGGAUAUUUCAAAAUUUUAUUACACAAGAACUUCAAGUCGAUACUUUUUGCUUUGCAUUACUCCAGAAAUGGAGGCCCAACUACGGUUUUUAAUGACAAAUGUGAAACUGGGCUCUCAAAAUCGCUACCAAGUGUGGUUUGCCAAGAAAUUUUUAUGUGGAUCUGAGAGGGAAACUGUCAUUUCUGACAUCAUUCGGUUUAUAUGUUGUGCACAUCAUCCUCCGAAUGAAGUCAUUCAGUCUGAUAUUAUUCCAAGAUGGGCUGUUAUAGGAUGGCUUUUGAAAUGUUGUAAGAAGAAUUAUAUUGAAGCCAAUGCAAAACUUGCUUUAUUUUAUGAUUGGCUUUUCUUUGAUGAUCAAACUGACAAAAUUAUGAACAUUGAGCCUGCAAUGCUGUUAAUGAUAUUUUCUAUACCUAGAUACAUUGAUAUGGUGCACACUCUUCUUGAAUUUCUAUUCCUUCUUGUGGACAACUAUGAUAUCAAAAGGAAGGAUAAAAUAGCUUUGGGUGUCUCAUCAGCUUUUAGUGCACUUGUUGAGAAAAGAGUAAUUUUUUCAUUGGACGCUUUGAUUUCUUUUGAUGGCCUUUCUCCAAUACUACGAGACAGGCUAAGGAUACUUUCUUCAGGUAGGAAGGUUCAAGUUCCAAAGGAAUCACAAUUAUUUGGUGUACCUGAUCACUCUAUAAAGCCUCAUUCUCCUCCAAGUAAAUCUUGUGCAGAAACUGGCGUCAUAUAUUCUGAAAGACAACCUAGCAGCAUUGUUGCCCAUGGAAGUGCUACAUCUGUUGGUGCUUCUGUUCCUGUUGUGGUUGAUGUAUCUGCCUCUCAUCAUUCAGUUGUGAUGGACGAUGUAUGUGCUUCUCAUCAUUCAGUUGUGGCAGACGAUGUACGUCAGUGUGACAAUGUAGAGAUUUUGGUGAAAAAACUUGGAGAAGUUAUAAGGAAAUCCUACAAAAUGGGCCUCAAAACUCUGGAAGAACUUCUAGUUUUAUUUCUCUCGCUUGAUGACAAUGCACAAGCUAGCAGAACAAUAAACACUGAAAUAUUGUCUUCCAGAAUUGUAAAUACCUAUGAGUUGAGCGGGUAUAAUCUAUUUUCUGCUCUUGAACUACUUCCUAAUGAUCCCAGCUAUGAUGAUGAAAUAGGAUCUGCCACUGCCUUAAUAAUCCGUACCUUCAUCUUUGAUCAUGGAAAAAAGCUACAAGAAUUACUUUUAUUUUGUUCUAGGAAUGGUUUGCCUGUGGGAGCCCGAUUGUUGUCUUAUGUAUCUCGUCUAGCUUAUGAGGUAAACAAAGCAGGUCUUACAGGCAAUUCAGAUAUUAAGAACAGUGAUGGUGCAGAAAUUGAUUCAAAGAACCAGUUUUUGAUGUUUCAUAUGAAUGGGUACUACUCUUUCAGGAAUGGUAUGAAAGAAAACCCUCAAGAAGCAGUUGUUUCGUUUUCUAAAAUAGACAAGGAGGUGAUUGCUGAGUUGGUAACAAAUGCCUUUUCUGCUUAUAGAUCUUUCCUUGCUAAUUCAAAAGAUAUUUUGUACAAAGACGCAGAUGUAUCUUUAACCAAGGUCUUCUAUCUUGAUUUGGUGUCCUGUGUGGAACGGAAUGCUAGGAGGGCGAAACACUUAUUUUAUUGCGUAUUUGAUCUUCUCUCAGAUAUAUGCAUAUGCAAGGAGGAGAUUGUAAAAUUACUUGUUACCCAGUUAGAUGACACUGAUCUUGUGAAUAUGCAGUUUGAGAUCAUCAAAAAGAAAUUUUGUGUGUUUGGUAAGGAUGCUGAAUCCAUUUUUCUUUUAGUUAAAAGCUCUCUGAACUGGGGUUGUUUUGAACAACAUAAACUCUGGGGCUUGAUAAGGUCAGAGCUUAUAGUCUCAAAGGUUCAGGUGCAGAGCAUAGUUCUGAAGCUUUUCUGCUCCGGUGUAAUAGAUGGAAGCAUGCAUGCCAUUGCCGUCGAAGGUCUUUUAAAUUUAUGCUGUUAUAAUGCACCAUCACCUCAACUUGUUGAGGCUAUCAUGUUAUUACCUAAUGAUGCAUUUCAGGGCUUCUCUGCUGCUGUCUUGGCUGCCUGGGUUGUAUCGAAUGAGUCAAUGCUAUUUCAUAGCUUGGUUGAUUUUGCAGAGAAACUCAGCAAGAUGAGUGAGAGUGAAAUUGUGGUAAAUCAGUCUGCAGUCUUAUGGUUGGUGAAUUAUUUUAGUGCUCAAGGAAUGAGCUACGAAACCAUUUAUAGCAACCUGUAUGGAGGUUUCUUGGGUGGAAAAGGAAAACAGUCAUGAAAAUGUGCGGUUUUGUGUUAAAAGUGCCUCAAUAUCCUCCAAUGUCAUUCCUGUCAUAAACUUUUUGUGAGUUUACUAAAUGAUGGGGGGGUUUGCAUAGUGGGAGGAUUCAACAAGCUGAGGGCGUUGCAUUGGUGACAUGGACUAAAACUUAAAAAGAUCAAUUCUGUCGUGUCGUCGCAACUUUUCCAUCCUACUUGCAUGGUUGCACUUUAUGGCUGAAAGGACUCAUCUAUUGUGCUGAGAUUUCAUGGAAAUGUGGAUGCUCUUUUUGGGGCCAAGUAGAUAAUAACAGCAUUUUUUAAUUCAAGAUGGAGGAUUGGAAUAUUUGAUUGAAUGCAGUUCGAGCAGCCCUUUGGAACCUUCUCUCAUGGUUAGGAAGAAAUAGAAGGGUGUUUCUCAAUACGGAGAGGAAUGUGGACAACAUAUGGCAGUUUGAUAGUUACAGUUCUUGAUUCGAUGAUAUUUAGGUACACACAUCCGAUCCUCCUGAACAUUUUUGGUAAACAAACGAGGACAUUACUUUUUUUCAUUGCCAGUUCAAGGCAGUCAAAGAUCAAAGCCAGUGAAGAGCAGGCCUUCCCUCUCUUUCUCCCCUUCCAUUCAAGGAGAGAAGUUCCACAAUCAGAUUAGUUUGGUACUUUCUUUCUGAAUUCACUCUGGAUAUGAAAUACAUAGAAGUCUAUUAGUCUGUUGUGGAUAUUAAUACAUGAAAUGUGAAGAAAAUGGCAAUAAAUGAUAUUCAUACAAAUUGUAUUCAUUUAAAGUGAA